GUCGGGCAGGUCGCUCCUAUUGGUUUUGAGCGCCCGAGAAACCGCGGGCGCCGCAACUGAAACUUGGCCCUUCCCAAGAGCGGAAGGUUGGCGGGGCUGGGCGGCGGGGGCGGCGGGCUGUACGUGGCCGAGCGAAGUUUCGCCCAGCAGCGCCAUACCUCUCGCCCGCACGCCAACCAGGAAGCGCGGAGCUCCGGCCUUCGUCCUCGGAGGAACGCUCUGGUGGGAAGAGAGAAGGCUGCGCCCAAACCCUGGAAAAGCUCCCGGGCGCUCCGGCACAUUGCUGAACGAGGACAGGCCCUUCAGCAGCUCUCGCGUUAACGGGUUCAUCUUCCUGCCUUAUUUUGUGUUCCUUACCGAGUAACAGAAUUGUUUACUGGAUGUUAGCCAUUCAUCAAAUUGAACCAGAACCAAACUUGACCUGUAGGUAACUUCAACAAGAUAGAAGAUGCCCCAUUCUGAGAAAUUUCAUCAAGGCAGAAGCUACAUUCCCAGGGAGACCCCCAAUUAUUUUGAUAAAAGAAGUAGGCAACCAAAUUCAUCAGGUGGAAGAUUGCCACAAGGAACAGCUGAACAUUCAAGAACUUCCUCUGCUUUUGCAGACCCUGAGCAGUACCAUCUAGAAGCAAGGCAUGGUUAUGGCAAUUCCCCCCCUCCAUACUAUCCUCCCAAAAAGACUUUUUCAGAGAAAUGCUCAAACCUGUGCUCCCGAAGAGGUGUCUUACAGUUUGUCGAAGUCACUGUCAACAUUUUGGUGCUGAUCUGCAUAGGAGCAAGCCAGGCAGGUAUCUCUGCUUUCGGUACUCUGGGAGGCCUAGGCUCUUUCAACAUCAACUCACUGUAUAGUCCAUUUGAAGGGACUGAACUCCAAGAAGUAACAGAGCUGGACAUGCAGUACAGCCAGAUGAGAGCCCCUUGCGUGUAUGGAGGGGUAGCCUUCAGUCUGACGAUAAUGUGCCUCACGCUCCUUUUUCUUGUGGGUGGAGGAAAGCCGAUCCAUCGCCUUUCCCUCAGACUGCUUGCCGCUGAGUGCCUCUUUGACAUCCUUGCCUGCCUUGGUUAUAUAGCGGCUGUUGGCCUCUAUCUCCACUUUGUCAUUCAAGUCAACUCCACAGAUGUGUGCCUAAGGAGAGAAAGACUGUACGCAAGGCGAGGUUAUACCUCAGUGAAUUGCAACGUGCAAGGCGGGGAUGCAUCUGUGGCUCUUUUUGGCCUAGUGGCUGCUUGCCUGUAUUUUGGAAGCUUUGUGGUCUGCAUUCUCACCAUUCGGGAUGUCCGGAUGUUUCAGAAACAGCAGGACAACCAUUGCUAUAAUCUUGAGAGAACCUACAAGGAAGAAAACCAUCUGAAGCACCAGAAGAGCCCAGAAAACACACAUGCUCCAAGGACUUUCGCCACACUUGUGUAAUCUAUGUUUGGUAUCUCAAAGAAGCAAGGCUAAAAAAAGGAGGAGUUUUUUGCACACAGAAGAUAGUUGUGAAAUACAAGAUCAAAGAUGUAUUUUAAAAUUACUCUUGUCAGCUAGAGUAAUAAAAUACCUUUAUGGAAAAAGGGAAGGAAUUGCAGAAAGUAUUUCCAGGUUUUUUUGCCCUGUAGGUAUGCUUUUUCAGUAACAGCUCUUCUGUAUCAUUGCCUAAAAAUCCCACAUGGACAUCUCCAUGAAAUUACUAAGACUUUGGGUUGACUUGAAGGGGUCUUUACCUUCAUAGAUAGUGAGACAGCUAGUGAAUGUUGAGAUGCAAUAUUGUAAAGAGUGAAAUACGCUGAAGAUCAGUUAUUUUAAUUAUGUAUUGAUUAUACUUGUAAAUGACACAGAAAUCAAUUACUAGCUCCAGACUGAGACCUAAUAGUGUUAAUCCAUCAACUUUAUUAUAUUCAGAAAUUUCUUCUUUGUCAGUACCUGACUGAAUAGGAAAUCUGGGCAAUAGUUCUCUAUCAUAUAAAUUAUACUGAUAUAGUACAUCUUGCCUGUCUUUGUGUUCUUAAAGUGCCUUUCUAAGACAAAUCACCAGCUGUAAUCCAGGCUUGUUAAUGGUUUAAGUGCAGUUCUCACUAGUAAUUGACACAGAUUUUGUGCUGGUAGAAUGCUUCAACAGGUGAUCUGCUGAUUGCUUUGGCAAGAUUCCAAUAGCCCACCUACACUUAGGAGAUGAUAGAAACGUAUUGGGGAGUGGGGGAGAGUACAUUAUUGUUAAGAGGAUUGUCAAGUUGAAAGUAAUAGGUUGAGAAAACUUACAGUGUUUGGCCUUUAGUUCCAUUCUGGGGAAUAUCUGAAAACCUGGAGAACUCAACAUGGGGAGGACGUUCUCUCUCCAUAUGUUCAGUGGUGCAUGAAAACUCCUCUCUGCAACAGUAUCAGGUGACUGAAAGCCCCCAGGAAGAAAUUUCAUCCCAAAUUAAUUCAAGGUCAUUCUGUCUGGGGCCACUGGACUUGGCCUCAUUGCUUGCUUAAAUUGAUAGAUCAGCUUGUAUACCCAAAGACUGGGGUUUAGCCAUAAUUACCUGACUUCCAAGAAAGGCAGGAAAGAUGAGACCGUUUAUAGUCCAUUCUGGGCCAGGGCUUCAUACAUUACCACUCUGUUGCCUAAAGCAGCUUUGUAUGCUGCCUUCAUAGAGCUUAAAGAGGGCUUUGAUUCAGUAUCCACGGCAGUGUUUCUCAACCUUGGCAACUUGAAGAUGUGUGGACUUCAACUCCCAGAAUUCCCCAGUCAGCAAUGAUGAUGCCUGUCUGAGGUUAAGGUGUAAUGCAGCAGGACAUCUUUCAGAAGCAGUUCCAACCAAGAAUGGAGGAAGCGCCAUUGCCCACUGCUUUUAUCUCCAAGUACCCCAGAAACCUACAGCAACAUUGUAGCUUACUGCUAUAUAUCAGAGACUCUUGUAGAUCUAAGGAGCACAACAAAAGCUUUGCCCACUUCGGUAAGGAUCAUGCACUACAUCACAUUUGACAGAACCAAAAUUAUGUGCUUUGCAAGCCUGGCUCUGGAGUACCAAGUGACAUAGCAUUGAGUAAAGGGCAUGCUUCAAAUUGUUCAGUUUUGUGUUUCGGUCUAUAAUGAAGUGAGAUGCCCAUAUUAAUGCUCACUGAACAAAAGAUUCUGGAUGUGGAAUCCCAAAUCAAAUUUAUCAGAAUUUCUACAGAUGUGGAGCUUUACAGGUUUGCAUUGCUGCAGGGCUUUUAGGCUAAUAAUACAGUUUUAUACUGUGCCAUCAGCAGUUCUCAAGGACAGAUUCAGAAAAAUCAUGUGCGCAAAAAGAACCUGCCCUCAUUUUGUGGAAGCUUUUGAGACUUUGGGUCACAUGCUGCUGUACUGUGGCUUCUAGAGAGCCUUCUGUAAUGUUCUCUAGCUUCUCUUCCCUAGCUGUUUCCCAGGCAGCUAGAUGAGUUCUACACAGACCACUGACUGUCAAAGACCGUAAAACAAAGCUUGUCAUAGCAAAAUUCUUAUGAAUAGCAUGCAUGAUUCAAUCACAAUUAACAGCAAACUAAACUACCAUAAAGCGAAUAUAAAGCACUAAGUUCAAUGUAAUGUGGGUGGCAGUUCAUCUUACUAUCAGUUAUCUCCAUGUUAAUAUUUAUCUGUUAGAAUAUGCUAUAUUUUAUUAUUUUAGUAUUAAUGAUCACAGUGAGAACCAGUUUGCUGUAUUGGCUAAAGCACCAGGCUAGAAGCUGGGAGAACUGAGUUUUAGUUCCACCUUAGUCACGAAGCCACCUGGGUGACCUUGGGCCAGCCACUCCUCCUCAGCCCUAGAAAGAAGGCAAUGGCAAAUCACUUCUGAAAAUCUUGCCAAGAAAACUACAGGAGUUGUUUAGGCAAUUGCCAGAAGUCAAGUCUGACUCAAAGUCAGUUAAAAAAAAAAGUGACUGCAAUAGAAACUACUUGCUUGUAUUUGAGAGACAAGCUCUAUCAAGUGUCAGCACCCAAGACUCUUCAUAUGUUGCUGAACUACUAUUUUGAAGAUCUCAUUGCACUUGACCAUCCAUUCCACUUCCAACUGGGGACGUUACAGUUCAACAGAAUGAUCGUACUUCAUGUUUGGCAUGGCAGGGUUUAUUACUGUGCAAAACAUUUCAACUUGAAAAGUUUCAGGCUCCAACAUUAAUGGAACUGUUCCAACAUUGGCCCCCUCAUACAGGAGGUGUUUGAGCUUGAAACAGUCCCAUUUUGAAUUCAGAAUGAGUACUCUGAACUGGAAUUGCCCCAUUUUCAGCUCAGAAUGCUACUUAUAUGGUUGCAACAGCUGCUUAAACUUCAACUGGCCUGUAUCAAAGCAUUUCAGAUACAAAACGUUUUGCCCAGUAUAUGAUUUAUUGUCUAGUGAUUUGAGGACAUAGUGGACUUGUUUAAAAAAAACAAAGACCAAGGAAAGGGUUAUAUGAAUUUCUAUUGAUGGAGGCAAACAAAUUGUGAGUUCAAAAGAUUUUUAGCUCUUUUAUUUAAAGUGUUCUAGAUUCCUUUUCCCUCAAACUAUUGAUACUGCCAUCAGCAUAUUAAACAGAUGCUAGUAGGCUCUUUCCGGAUGGCCUAUUCAAGUUUAUAUUUUUCUCAUAAAUACAUUUGCAUAAGGAGCCAUGUAAAUAAGGCACUACUAAUGUACUAUAAAUGAGGACAAGCAUUAUUAAACUAGUAAAAAAAAAAGGUGAAGACAGAAAUUCUGAUGCUAGGGAAUUUAUUAAAACUCUGAUCCCAAAAUUAUGUAGUAUUUUGUGUACAAGUUGCUAUAUCUCACAGCUAUAGAAACACAGUUGACGUUCAAUAUGUAUGAAAAUCAACAAACCGAAUAAAAUACAAGCUGAAAUGGAUGUAUUUGAAAUUUAGACUGAAUAAGGAUACUAAACACUUUAGACAUAUGUCUUGAUAACCCAAAUGAGAAUAUUGCCUAAAAAUGUGACUCUGAGAGAGGGAGUGAUACCUACUAAGAGGCAGCAAUCUACCUUUUUCCGACCUUUCCUUUAUGGGAGAAGAUUCUCAAGAAGGUACUGGGGAGGUGAUUACAGACCGCUCUUGAUAGAAAUGGAUUCCUGUCCACUCUGGGAUCAGUCCUUAGCACAGGAGGGAGCACACACUGGCCACUUGUAGUGAAUGACUUGUGGCAGGACUUACACAGUGGGAGUGAUCCCCUCAUUGUCCUGCUUUCUUCCUCAAAAGCAUUUGAAACCAUCAGUGUCCUUUUGAGCUGCCUCCAAGUGUUGUGGACACUGUUUUAUAAAAGUCCCAACCUUCCUGGGUGGCCAGUUGGAACGCUUGUUAGGGAAAGGGAGCUACAGUGGAAUGGUUCAGGGCUUGGUCCUUCCCAAAUCUCUUCAUCAUCCAUAUGAAGCCCCAGGGGAGGUCAUCUAUCAGUUUGGGUAGAGAUAUUGUCAAUCUAAAAUAAAACCCUACUUGCUAUUACAGGACCACAAGCUAUAGAGUCCUGUGAAGCAUUUGAUAUUCCUGUUCCCUUGUCACACACAAAAAAGCAGAUCUGCAGUGAAUCAUUCCUAGAUUAAACUGGUUCUGUUUAGCACAUUGUCAUGGCAAAAAAAGAGGGAAAAAAACGAACAUAGGCUUAAUUCUUGCUUUUCUGUGGGUGAAUAGUUUCCAUGCAGCAUGUAACAUGAUUGGAUUAAAAUUCCCUAGAAAAUCUCAGUACUUCUACAACCUUUUAAAAUUUCUUCUUCUUCCCUUCUUGGCAUUAUUGAAGCAUAGUCCUUUAAGUCCUACAUAGAUUUCACUCUAUGUUGUCCUCUGUCCCCUGCUCUUUAAGUUAUCUCUCUUUUCUCAGUCUUCGACAUCUUUUUUCUUUUCAUCUUCCUUUUCACUUUUCCCUUGCCUCUUCCCUUCCCUUCUCUCCUCACUUCCCUUCCUUCCUUUGUAUUCUAUCCAACCCAACAGAAUGCUAGAAUGAAAUUAUAUAAGCGGGCUUGACCUCUAUCUGUCCAUCAGAAGGACACCUCUUCAAAAAAAUGUUUUCCAGCUCUGGUGAUGAAGGCAAAGCCAGUGAAAGAAAGAGAUUGAAAAUGGGCCAGAGCUGAUCAGGGGCUGCUGAGAAAAACUUGAGAAAGAAAAUCCCCCAGUAUAUUUGUGUACAGGAAGUGGCAGUAGCUCUCCUCCAUUCCAAGUCCCCUUUCUCCUGGUCGUGUGAUCCUGAGUGCUGCUAUUCUUAAACAGAAUAUCUUAAUCUUUUUGUGCCACAGAUCCCUUCUCAGAUAUAUUGGGUCUGAGAAGGAGGCAGAGAAGGGAAAAGACUUUACGGACAGCAAGGACAAUUCAACAUCUCUAAAAUCAUAGGAUUGACUUGUAUGAAUAUUUAGGUACAAAAUAAUCUUUGAAAUGCAAUCUGUGUUGACCAUUAACAAUUACGUGCUUUUGGAGAAAAAGAUGUGGCACACAACCAAAUGCAUUCUAGUUUUGCUUUUUUAGGGUAUACAAGUAGUCCUCACUUAUCAAUGGUAAUUGGGACUGGGAACUGUGUCACUAAGCAACACAGUCAUAAGGUGCAAUGUCAUGUCACCUUUUGAUGAGGUUGCCUAUCACUGACCAUCUUUGAAGGGAUUUGCUUAUUUGGGGGGGAUGUAGAGGCAGAACGUUCUGGAUUCUGAAUUUGGUGAAUCAAUGCAGUGGUACUACAUAUACAAAGGGUGCAUCUGGAGGCUUCAUAAAUCAAGCAGUGAAAGUCAACUGCCUACCAGUCAAAUAACAAGCCUUUACUUCUGAACUCAAAGAUGUUUUGCAUGCAGGAGCUUGUAACUUAUAUACUGAAAUGAAAGUAAAUUAGAUGGGCACCCCAAUAAUCUGGAUUAUCUGCUAGGGAACAAGAGAAAACUUUCCAUAUUUUAUUCAGAAACCCUAUGUCAUGCAAAAGAAGUACUUGCAAUGUGGUGUAAUGAUUAUGGUGUUGGACUAGGAGAGGGGAGACCUUGGUUCCUGUCUUCCCUUAGCCAUGUCAGUUGUCAAUCCACUUUUGAUACCAUCUCUACCUUGUCAGAUAAAAUUUAUUCUUGCUUAGUCCAGCAUAGGCUAGUGGUCUAAAUAGGGCAAUAAAAUAAAACAAUGCGUUGGAGACUUCCAACCUUCAUCACAACAAAUUUAGUAACUCUUUGUCCUC